AUACACAAGCCCAAAAUUCAAAAAGCAGCAUAAUCAUUGAAUCAGUUCAUCCCAAUCACAUUGUUUGAUGAAACCAGAAAGUGAAGGAAUCAAAGAAGAAGAAGAAGAACAGAGCUCAGAGAAACAAGGCCUCUUUCUUUCAAAUUUUUAAUUAUUUUUGUCUAUUUUUAACAAAAAAAAAAGAGGGUCACUGUCAAAAGUAUGUAUUAUUAAAUUUGAUAAUAAUAUGAUGGCGUCACAUGAACAUGAAGCAAAGGCUGAACCUCCACCUUCUUCUUCUUCUUCUAACACUGCUGAGGCCAAAACGGAGACAAGGCCUUCCGUGGAAACAGACAUGUCAACAAAUUCGACCACCAUUCCUUCAACUUCAUGGUUGACACCAAAGAUGUUACUUGCUAUGUUUUGUGUUAUGAGUUUGAUAAACUAUUUGGAUCGAGGAGCAAUAGCAAGCAAUGGUGUUAAUGGAAGCAGAGGAACUUGCACCAAUGGUACCUGCUCUUCUGGAACUGGAAUACAGGGGGAUUUCAACUUGAGCAAUUUCGAGGAUGGAGUUUUAUCAUCAACUUUUAUGGUAGGACUACUCGUAGCCUCUCCAAUAUUUGCAUCUCUAGCAAAAAGUGUGAAUCCAUUUAGACUUAUUGGAGUUGGAUUGUCAAUUUGGACUAUUGCUGCCUUAGGAUGUGGUUUUUCUUUUAAUUUCUGGUCCAUUGCAGUCUGUCGCAUGUUGGUUGGUGUUGGUGAAGCUUCAUUUAUAAGUCUUGCAGCACCUUUCAUUGAUGACAGUGCCCCAACUGCUCAGAAAACAAGGUGGCUUGCAAUAUUUUACAUGUGUAUACCAGCAGGAUAUGCAAUUGGGUAUGUCUAUGGUGGUUUGGUUGGAAAUCAUUUUGGUUGGCGUUGUGCUUUUUGGGUGGAGGCUGCUUUAAUGCUUCCAUUUGCUAUAUUGGGGUUCACUUUGAAACCUUUGCAAAUGAAAGGUAUGGCUCCGGGUGGUUCAACAAAGGUGCUGGCCGCUGACACAGUUGUGCCAGGAGUUCAAGAUAUGGAGGCUUCAAAUAGCAAAGAUGAGUCGGUAUCCUCGAGUACAGAGGUUGGAGAUAAAAUCUCACAUGAACCUUCCAAGUCAAAAUCUGGAACCCCCGCAAUAUCAGAUCAGUUCUCACAAUUUUUUCAAGAUAUGAAAGAACUUUUGCUUGAUAAGAUUUUUGUCGUCACUGUUCUAGGUUACAUAGCAUACAACUUUGUUAUAGGUGCUUACUCAUAUUGGGGCCCGAAAGCUGGUUAUAGCAUAUAUCAUAUGACUAAUGCAGAUAUGAUCUUUGGAGGAAUCACAGUUGUAUGUGGAAUAUUGGGCACAUUAGCAGGAGGCUUUGCUCUUGAUUUCAUGACUAACUCCCUAUCAAAUGCAUUUAAGCUUCUCUCGCUGACAACAUUGGUUGGUGGAGCAUUUUGCUUUGGUGCCUUCUUAUUCAGAAGCCAGUAUGGCUUCCUCACGCUUUUCGCUAUUGGCGAACUUCUUGUUUUUGCAACUCAGGGUCCUGUGAAUUAUGUAUGUCUCCAUUGUGUCAAACCAAGCUUGAGGCCCUUAUCUAUGGCAAUGUCCACUGUUGCCAUACAUAUCUUCGGCGAUGUACCUUCCUCGCCUCUCGUUGGAGUUCUCCAGGAUCGUAUCAACAACUGGAGAACGACCGCAUUGAUUCUAUCAACUAUAUUCUUUCCAGCAGCUGCUAUAUGGUUUGUAGGAAUAUUUAUGCAUAGUGUGGAUAGGUAUAAUGAAGAUAGUGAACCUCAAUCUCAGCUUCAGCCUCAACCUCAGUCUCAGCCUCAGCCAUCAAUGGAUGAAAGGAAAAACACCACGCCUACGCCAUUGCCUGAAGAGAAAACUGGAGAAACACCACUUCCGACGCCAUCAGUUGAAGAGAAGAGUGGAGAAACACCACUUCCUACACCAUCAGUAGGAGAAGAGAAAACUGGAGAAAAACCACUUCCUGAAACACCACUUCCUACACCAUCAGUUGAAGAGAAAAGUGGAGAAACACCACCUCCUCCUAAACCCCAAUGAUGAAUUUUCUUUAACUUCAUUCCUAUUGAAGCACAAUUUAUUUGGCAGUGAUAGUUGUAGCAAGUGUAAAUAGUAAUAUAGCAUUAUUAUUUUUUUGCUUCUCUUUAAUAAUUAAUGUAAGCAUGUUUUUGCUUUUCAUUAGCUGAAAUAAAGGAAUAGCAUUCUCUCCA